ACAGUCCCGGAAGCAAGCCCCGACAACGUGACCUCCACCUGUCUCCGCAUCACCUCCGCAGGAACAACAACACCAACACUAUACAUCCAUUUCAACCUUCAUCCCCAUCCUCCUCCCAUCGACAAGCCGAACCUCAACCCAUACAGUGACCACAAAAUGCGUCCAUUAACACCCCUCCUCACCUUCCUCACCAUCCUACCCUUCACAACCGCCCAGCCAACCCACCAGUCCCAAACCCAACUCCAACCCUCAACAGCAAACAACACAACAGAACUCCGUGCCCUCCCCCUCGUUAUCUGGCACGGCCUAGGCGACACAUACCUCAACCCAUCCCUGCAAUACCUAAUCCAAGCCGCUGAAGCCGCCAACCCCGGAACCUACACCUACCUAAUCCACCUCUCCCCUAGUAGCACCGGUGACCGCCAAGCGACCUUCCUGGGCAACCUCACCACGCAAGUCGCCUACGUCUGCGACCAACUAGCCCGCGACCCAAUCCUUUCCACAGCACCCGCCAUCAACGCCCUCGGCUUCUCCCAAGGCGGACAAUUCCUCCGCGCCUACAUUGAACGCUGCAACAACCCCCCGGUCCGCACACUAAUAACCCUCGGCAGCCAACACAACGGCAUCUCGCAAUUCCAGUCCUGCGCCUGGAACGACUUCGUCUGCCGGGGCGCCGAAGCACUUCUUCACUCGGGACGAUGGUCAUCCUUCGUGCAGGGACGGCUCGUCCCCGCGCAGUAUUUCCGCGACCCUGAACCCACCGAAAUGGAAAACUACCUCCAAUACAGCAAUUUCCUGGCGGAUGUGAAUAAUGAGCGCGAGGUGAAGAACGAGACGUAUAAGGAGAACUUGAGCAAGUUGGAGAAGUUUGUGAUGUAUAUGUUUGAGGAGGAUCGGAUGGUGGUGCCGAAGGAGUCGAGUUGGUUUGGAGAGGUGGAUGGGGAAUCUGGGGAUGUGGUGGGGAUUAGGGAGAGGAGUAUUUACAAGGAGGAUUGGAUUGGGUUGAAAGGGUUAGAUGAGAAGGGGGGGUUGGUGUUUAGGACGUUGAAGGGGGGUCAUAUGCAGUUUGAUGAGGAGGAGCUGGAGGAUAUUUUAAAGGAGUUUUUGGGGCCUGUGGAGGUGGAGGUUGGGGAUGAUGAUGAGGUUAGUAGGUUAGUGAGUCAGGUUGAGUAUUAACUUCUCGUUCUUCUUCUAUCUCUUAUGUGAGGGAGAUGGAAGAGAUAAGAGUUGCGGCGCUACUACUGAGUAAUAUUAUAUAUUAUAC